CGUUUCAUGCUUGUUGUUUCAUGCUCGCGUGACUCGCGUCUCGAAGCAGGAACAGCAGGAAUGGCAAUGGCGGCGGAUUUCAGUGACACGAAUUCACACGAAAUGACAGAGAAUCAUGUUCAAAAGCGGUGUAAUAAUCAGUGGGUUCGGUUGAACAUUGGUGGAACAUACUUUUUGACGACGAAAACUACUUUGUCCAGAGAUCCCAACUCGUUCCUCUACCGACUGUGUCAAGAAGACUCUGACCUGAUCUCGGACAGGGAUCAGACAGGGGCAUACUUGAUAGACCGUGACCCAACGUAUUUCAGUCCUGUUUUAAAUUACUUACGUCAUGGGAAACUGGUGAUUAACAAAGAUUUAACGGAAGAAGGUGUUUUGGAAGAAGCGGAAUUUUAUAAUAUCACAGAACUUAUUCGACUAGUCAAAGAGAGAAUCAUAUCGAGAGAUACCAGACCUCUGAGGGAUUCGAAGAAACACGUUUAUAGAGUUAUUCAGUGUCACGAGGACGAGUUGACUCAGAUGGUGUCGACCAUGUCCGACGGAUGGAAGUUUGAACAGUUAAUCAAUAUAGGAUCUCAAUAUAAUUACGGAAACGACGAUCAUGCUGAAUUUCUAUGCGUGGUCAGUAGAGAAUACGGGGCCACUCAACUCAAUAGCAAAGAACAAGAAUCAACGGAUCGUGUCAAGGUUCUACAGCAGAAGGGUUCUCGCAUGUAAUCUAUAAAAUCCGUCCUUUUCUUUUCUCGCUUCGCUUAAUUAAAUCGACCGUGCAGCAACACAAGACGAAGACUGUUUUUAUUUCUACGUACAUGUAAGGGUUUCAGUUUUCCCUGUUCGUUGCUCGUUGUUCCAUUUCUUCGACGUGGCAAUAAGGAUGACUGAGGAGAAAUAAUGGAAAGAUAUAAUAUCCUCCUUCUAUCUCUUCAACUAAACAGUUAAUCGUAUCGUACAACGAUACGGAACGAUAGCUUGAAACGAUAGCUUGAAACGACCGAGACUGUUGCACGUUGACGAGAUCAUCUUCGUCGUCGACGAACGAACGAUUGAGCAGAAAGUGAACAUAAAGUGGAACGACGGGAACGACCGUUCCACGUGGGAUCAUACGUUUUAUAUCGGAGUUAGUAAUUACCGUUGAGGUAAAGCCGUACUCGCUGGUAAUCCGCGACCGUCGAACGACGUUGAGGAAAAGAAAAAUUUACCGGGCGCAAAGCUGUUAAUAUGUACGUACGCGUAUAUGUGUGUACGAUCGUGGACAUCGGCGAAUGCUACGACGAAAACAAUUUAUUAUAUCAUUUAUUAUUCAGUUUCACUGUCACAGUUUAAACGACAAUAGCAUUCGUAAAGGCAAUCUCUUUCAUACAAAUUUCUACAACGGAUACAAAUACUCUCUCUCUAGUAUUGAAUAGUUUAUCUUUUUGUAACGAGUUGUAGAAACAUCAUUUUCCUUUCUGAUCGUCUGUUAUCGUCAUUUACCGAAAUUCAUUUAAAGACCUUCGCACUGCCGCUGUAAAAUAUAAAGAUAACGUUUGUACGUCUAACACGAUACUUUUUAUUAACCGAUACGACGAUGUUACGACUGUGAACAGCGACGUGGACAAAAUAGGGAGGGAGAGAGAAAGAACAAAGUGAUGAGCGUAAUUUUUAGCAAAAGCAAUUUAUCUCGCAUCGUUCGCAUGGAUACGUGUAUGAAUGGAACGUAGAAAUGUUCGCGACACCGAACACAGUUCGAAAGAACCGUUCGAACCGAAUGAGAUCUCGUUAGUCUCUAUUUGAACACGUGAUUUCUAUACGAUACUGUAGUUCGGCGCGAAGGGUGAACGAACGAUUUAAUUGUAAGUCAAAAGGCACACGUUAGAUGAUUAUUUUCACUGUCCUCUCUCGGUUACUUUCAUUUACGAUACAUCUACUUAUUGACAGAUGACGACUCGACAAUGGUAACUCGAUGAUCGCAGAUGUUUCAUGCGCUCUGUGACACAGGUAUCAUCGUGGGUCGUCAAUUGUCGGAAGGCCUAUCAAGGAAGCGUCGUAGACAAUAUACUCAUAUUUCAAGCAUUGAUUCACGAUGAGAAGAGAAGAAUCGUAUGUACCAUCGUAUGAAUCAUCGUACCUUAGAGCCACGUUAUGCCCAUUAUAAGAUAUAUAUAUAUAUAUAUAUAUAUUAUAACGAAUUGUAUAUCGUAUCCACGCGUGUACGUACGUCCACGUGAGGGUCUUACGAGAAUUGUAGAACGAUUCAGCGAGGACGUUUGUUAGACGCGCGUACUCUGCGAACGAUAAUAACGACACGGUUUCAACGACGUGGGACGACCGGAAAACGGACGGACUACGUCGUUUAACGGGAGUUUCUCGUUUCAUCCUGCGAUACUUAUCACCGUUCGCACCGAAGGGACUCGGCAGGAACGUUAGGACCAACAUCGAUCGUUUCCUGCGACGUGUACAUACACAUACCAUCGGUCACGGUGUACUAAAAGCGUUAUUGCUUUGUAACUUAAUUUCACGUCGUUCAUUUACCCGAUAUUAGUAUGCGUACAUACUAUUAUCGUGACGUGAGCAUAGGGAUUCAUGUAAUAAUAUGUAUAAUAUAUAUAAAACUCGCUACGUGAAAGAGUUUAUACUUUCAUAGACAUAUUUCUAAAUCUAUUCGUUGUUCGAUGUUUAUUGUUAGGAAAGAGAAAGUAAUAUUUAUAUCCAUUCGAGAGUACAUUUUAAUACCAGUAAUAAUAUUUAAGAGGAUGUAGGAUAAAUAUACGUAAAGUGACGCAAAUAAGAAUUUAUUCGCAGGCAAAUGCAGAAUCUGAAAUAAAAGCAAUUCCAUUUGUAAACCA